AUGCUUUUACAUUUUUCUUUUCUUACCUGUUUGGUAUGCUCGGCUGUUGCUGAAAUCAGGAACCAGCGUAUAUUUCCCAGCAGAGGCUCGCUCGUGGUAGAUGCCUCCGGAAAGCUUCAAAACAGUUACCGGAAUAUCAGUGCUGCAGUCACCGCUUUGAGCAACACCACAACUGCGCAGAUAAUCUUUGUCGCCCCAGGAACCUACUAUGAACAAGUGUACAUUCCACCUCUAGCCGGUCCACUCACUGUACAAGGCUACACCAAUGAUGCCCGCUCGUACAAAGACAACCAAGUCACCAUUACUGGAAACCUAUCUCGCCAGACGCCAGGCCUAGCAAGUAAUGACGCGACAGCUACAGUCCGCCUCUGGACAUCGAACGUUAAAUUCUAUAACUUGAACAUCGCCAACACAUUUGGCCAAGCUGCGACUGGUGGACAAGCUCUGGCUCUCAGUGCCCAAAAGACCGGCCAAGGCUUCUACGGCUGUAGUUUCACCGGUUAUCAAGACACCAUUUAUGCCAAUGAAGGCAAACAGGUGUACGCAAAGACAUUCAUCAACGGUGCCGUGGAUUUCAUCUUUGGCCUACGUGCCUCAGCCUGGUUCGACAAGGUCGACAUCGAGACGAUCGGGAAGGGAUAUAUUACAGCAAGCGGUCGGGAUGCGGCAAACAAUACCAGUAUCUAUGUUUUCAACCAGGCAAACGUCCGGGGCACGAGUGGCGCAAACUCGACAUAUCUGGGUCGUCCAUGGCGUCCAUGGAGCCGUGUCAUUUUCCAGAGAAGCUACUUGGGAGAUGUGGUGCGUCCUGAGGGAUGGUCGAGAUGGGAUGCCGUACAGCCUGUGGACAAUGUGGUGUUUGGGGAGUACAAGAAUUACGGCCCUGGUGCUGCUGGAUCGAGGGCCAAUUUCAGUUCGGAGCUGAGGACGCCUGUCAAGGCCGAAGAUGUGCUUGGGUCCAACUUCAAGAAGGAGUUCUGGGUAGACACAAACUACUUGUGA